CGGCCCUUCACACGCCACCCGAUGCACUGGCAUUGACAUUGGGCGCAGUCCUCGACGGUCGCGCCACGUGUUAAGAUGCCUGGGCGGCCGAUAUUUGUAAAAUAGUUCGACUAGAGUUUGGAACACAUGAAGGGCAACAAGGUGUCGUCAGCAUCAGAGACCAGGCAGAUCGAGGUGGGUGCGGCGGCGGACGGCAAGAAGCACAACAAAAUCAAGACUUCUCGCUACACUCUUCUGAUGUUCAUACCACAGAACCUCACUGAGCAGUUUAGAAGGAUCGUCAACUUUUACUUCCUCGUCGUCACUUUUAUAGCCAUAGUUAUUGACAGCCCGGUGUCACCGCUGACGAGCAUCGCGCCGCUCAGUUUUAUGGUGAUGGUGACGGCGGUCAAGAACGGAUACGAGGACUGGCUGCGGCAUAAAGCUGAUGGCCGAGUCAACAACCAGAUUGUUGAAAUACUUCAUCGCGGCGUGAUCAAAGAGGUCCGUAACUCGUCCAUCGCACCGGGCACGUUAGUACGAGUAAGGCGAGGGAAAGAGGUCCCAGCAGACUUGGUGCUGCUGUGCGCAGAGGGGGAGAAGGGAAAAUGCUACGUCACAACGGCGAAUUUGGAUGGGGAGACAAAUCUAAAGACGUUGAGGGUACCGCCUCCGCUAGUCGGGUAUACUCCUGACGUCCUGCCUCCAGGCAUGAGGAUCGAGGUCCCAAACCCGGUGGCAGACCUGUACACGUUCUACGGCCGCCUGGAGAUCCCGAGCAUGGAGAGCCUGCCCCUUACCACGGAUAACCUGAUGCUGCGGGGCUCCAGGGUCAAGAAUACUGAGUGGGCUAUCGGGUGUGCGGUGUAUACAGGCGAAGAAACCAAACUGGCGCUCAACUCAAAAUACGCCGGCAACAAAUUCUCGUCCUGCGAGCUCGCAGUCAACGGUUUCCUCGUCGUCUUCAUCGUGAUCCUCGUCCUCGAGGUCUUCAUCAGCUUCGGCCUGAAGGUCUACAACGACAUCCACUAUCAGAACAGGGAUCUGUACCUGGGUCCUAGCCUGUAUGGCGGGUCAGCGGCUGUCACGGUCGGAGGGGUACUUCAGGAUAUAUUUUCGUUCUUGUUGCUGUACUAUUACAUCAUUCCGAUGGCGCUAUACGUUACUAUUGAGCUAUAUAAAUUUACUGGCGCGUUAUUCAUCGGCUGGGACGAAGAGCUCCGUUGCGAGGAGACCGGCAAGCCAGCCAUCGCCAACACCUCGGACCUCAACGAGGAACUGGGGCAGGUCGAGAUACUCUUCUCCGACAAGACGGGCACGCUCACCAAAAACAUCAUGGUGUUCCAGGCUUGCUCUAUCAAAGGAAUAAUAUAUGAGGAGAGGGAUAAGAUGCUUUACGAUACUGGGAGGUUUGAAGAGCCCGUGGAUACUAGGCAGGCAGACAUCAAAUUCUUCUUCAAAAUCCUCGCUCUCUGCCACUCAGUCCAGAUAUCCAACGAAGACAUGAAACGACUCAGCGCUCGCCUAUCCAUGACCGGAGACCUUCAACUUAUGAACAUGUUUAGAAGAAAGAAACCUAAAAAAGUCGUAGCUAAUGGAAACGGCGUAGUUGAUACGUCUACAUGGAAUGCCAUGAUGAGUGUUAAUAACGUUGGACACAUUGAUUAUCAAGCUAGCAGCCCUGAUGAGAAGGCUUUAGUCGAAGCAGCUGAUAGACUAGGCGUCACGUUUUUAGGCGAAGACGGAAACAAUCUAAUAGUUAAAAUGGGAGAUGAGACUGAAAUGUACGAGAGGUUGCAGAUUAUCGAAUUUACAUCGGAGAGAAAAAGGAUGUCUGUAGUUUUAAGGGAUAAAGAUGGCAAGAUAUGGUUAUUUUGCAAAGGUGCAGAAAGCUCGGUGUUCCCACUGUGCGUCAAUCAGAUCAUGGUAGAUGACACCAAUGUGGACAUCAACACGUUCGCUAACAAAGGUUUGCGGACCCUCGCCAUCGCGUACCGGGAGAUACCUGAUGAGGAGUACGAAAAGGUUUGCGAAUUAAUAAAGAAACAAGACGUCAAAACCGCGGAAGCCUUACUGCAAGUAACACAACAGUUCAGGAUGCUAGAGCGAGACUUGACGUUAGUAGGUGCGACGGCAGUGGAAGACUGCUUGCAGGACGACGUUGCAGAUACGUUAGCAUCAUUACGUCGCGCGGGACUCAGGAUAUGGGUCCUAACAGGGGAUAAGGUAGAAACCGCAAUAAGCGUAGCUCAGUCCUGCGCACACAUCUCAGAAAAUAGUAGACAAAUGUACAUAAUAGGCGUGGACAAUGACGAAGCAAUCAAGUCACAUUUAGAAGAAUGCAAGCGAAUAUUAGCGGAGCCGAGCUACAAAGACAUGGCUCUUGUAGUGGACGGGAAGAGUAUGAGUUGUAUUUUGGAUAAGCCCGCGGCUCCUGAAUUUACUGAGAUAUCUUUGCAGUGUAAUGCAGUGUUGUGCUGCAGACUAUCUCCUUUACAGAAAGCUAAAAUAGUAAAAUUAAUAAAGCACAGUCCAUCGAGGCCGAUCACCGCGGCCAUUGGCGAUGGAGCUAACGACAUAUCCAUGAUUCAUGAGGCCCAUGUGGGCUUCGGUAUCUUCGGAAGGGAAGGCUAUCAAGCCGCUAGAUCUGCAGACUUUGCUUUUACAAAGUUCUCUAUGGUGAAGAAGUUCCUAUUAGUAAUGGGUCAUUGGUAUUAUCAAAGAUUAGCUACUUUAAUACAAUAUUUUUUCUAUAAGAAUAUAGUACUCGGGAAUUUAAUGUUGUUUUUCCAAAUCAACAGCGCUUGGUCGACGCAGGCAAUAUUUGACUCGUUGUAUCUGACGUUUUUCAAUUUAUUUUUCACGGCGCUGCCGUGUUUGGUUCUCUCCGUUACUGAGCAGAGGUGGCCUAAAGAAUUACUCUUAAGAGACCCGACGUUAUACAGAGACAUCAGCAGGAAUAAGCUCAUGUCGUGGUCCCGCUUCGCCGUUUGGCUGCUGAUAGGAGUGUACCAUUCCGUGAUCAUUUAUACGUUCGGUGCGCUGGCUAUAAAACACUCCGUGAUCAACGCUGACAUGAAGGCUAUGGAUGUUUGGGUUUUUGGAGCCGUCCUAUUCCACCUCCUCGUCCUCAUAACGAACCUGAAGCUGUGGCUGCAGGCUCGCUACCACACGGUUUACUUCGUGCUCAGCAUUCUACUGUCAGUGUUGUUCUACAUCGUCUUUAACCUCGGCUACUCUCUUAUAGACUUACAAAUCGACGGCGCAAUUCUCGGCACAUACACCCGGCUCUGCUCGUCCCUAUCCUUCUGGCUGCUAAACGUACUAGUUGUAGUCACAACACUAGCACCUGACUAUUGUUAUCGAUACUUCUCAGACAGUAAGGGCAAGCAGUUCGUUGAUACCGCUGGCUCUGUCUUUACCACUAGAAUGUGAAAUAGUGUCCCUUAAAGCUUCUACAGACGUUAUUACAAAUCCCAUGUGAUUAUAGAUAAUUGCUGGCUAAGUAAGAGCAACGAAUUCAAUAGAUCGACCAAAUGCCGCAAUGUAUUGGAAAUCACAUGCAAUUAUCGCGACGUUUGAGGAGGAUGUGGGUUUGAACUUUUAAAGAUAUUGUUGGACUUACUAUGUAGUUGUAGACACAAGACUGGUACCUACCAGACUAAUGUUAUCGAUACUUCUCAGAUAUUAAGGGAUAGCAACUUGUUGAAACUGGUGCCAAUGUUUUUACCAAUAGAUUGUGAGCUAGUCUUUUGUGAGGGUUUAAAAAUAUACUUGCUCAUACUUGUUGCAAACGCAAGGAUGAUGAGGAUGAUGAUACUUGUUGCUGCUAAAAAUAAUGAAUUAAAGUCGACUAGCAAUAUUGAUAAGUAAUGGGUUAAAUUCAGUAAAAGGUCUUCUGUGGACAAUAAUAGGUAGAGUAAAAGGUAACGACCCGGGUAAAGCCUGACCAGGAAUAUAUGAUCACGCGCCAUGUUGCGGAAUUUCACUGGAACUAAUUUUUUCAUACUAUACUGAACUGUCACCCUAUACAUGAGAAUUAACAGCGCCCUCUUGACAAUGAUCAUAUAUUACUGGUCAGGCUUUACAUAUAUACACGUUUUUCUUACCCCCUUAGACAACAUGCCAAUCGCUAACGCUCCGGAGCGAACGAAACGCAACUGUCACUGUCACACUAAUACGGAAGAGUGAUAGAGAGACACAAUGCGAUUCGAUGGCGAAGGGAUAGCGAUUGUCACCUUGGCUAGGUCGCCUGUCCCGCCUGUAAGGUUACAGCGUAACCAUUAACUUUGCGAUGUCUGCAGGAAAGACGACAAGUUACUUGAACAUACAAUAAAAUGUGUAUCGCCCAAUCUUUUCGUUGUCAAGUUUAGUCUUAGGUAAUUAUUCGGCUGUGGAAUGAGCUCCCUUCCGAGGUUUGUAAAUUCGGCUAUUUUAUAACAAUAGUUGGUUUAACUUAACUAACUUAGCGGUUUCACUCACGUAUUUUUAGCCCACCCGUCGUGACCGCUACUAACUCAGGCACUGUUAGUGCUUGAAAAUAGAGACCUAGUCUCAUUUCAUUAUAAGUUGUUUCAACUUACUAAGAUUGUUUGGAAACAAUCCAUUAUGAUCGCUGUAGCCUACUUUUGGGAAUCACAUGAGCAUUCUGAUUCUUUAAAGUUAAAUGUGUAAAAGGAUACACCGUUUAUAAACGAAACAUGUCGCGCGAGUGACUAAAAAUACGUGAGUGAAACCGGUAAGUUAGUUAAGUUAAUAUGUCUCACGAUAGUUUAAAUUCGACAAUAGAUGGUUCUUUGUAAACGUGCCGUUCGCUGACGUAAUACAGGGUAAUUAAUUGAUUAGUCAAAUUAGUUGAUUGAAUGAAUAAGUAAAGAGAACGCCAAGCGUUAUAAAAAGAUUAAGUAAGUAGAUUAAGUUAAAUUAGUUAUAAGUAUUUAGUAAAAAAAUACUUACUUCAAAGCUGUGAAUUAACAUUUGUGUACCUAAAUAAAUAAUUAUUUAUAUUUUAGUAACUAUUAUUUCUAUUUUUGGCGUAUAGUAGUAAAAUCAUCUGUUAAGUGGGAUGAAUAGCUUUGCGAUCGUAUAUAAACGAAAUAACGGUAUUUUUUUUAUAAAAUAUCGAUUUCGGGAGAAAACGGUUUCCACUAACUAAAUCUUAACAAAUCACUUUAAUUUUGAUGUCGAUCGCUUCAGCAUAAUAUAUUCAAGUUUUAUAUAGGUUUCGCUUUAAAAAAAUUGUUUUGCAAAUUUUGAAAAUUUUCUCUUUUUGUAUGGACGAGUACGUAUUCUUCCCUAUUAGACAUACAACGAAAAUAAUAAUUAAUUUUUUUUAAAUUAUGUAAUUAUUAUCUUCUAACCCUUACCUAUCUACUUUUCAUA